CGGUAUUUAAAGGUCGGCGCGUGCGGCUGCGAGCUUUCUGGAAUCUGAACACCGACAAGUUCGACUGGACCGGACUCGGGUUGACCCUCAGAGUGAGGAUCUCAACAUGGUGCAGUUGUCCCCCUUCGGCACCCUGGAUGUCUCCCUCCUGUCUGAGCGCUCUGAGGAGGAGGCAGAAACGCCAAAGGACCCCGUCACUGGCAGUGGCACCAACGCUGACCCCCCCAGUGAGCUGAGCCCCCUGCCGCUCAGCUUCGAGGUUUCCACAGUCUACUAUGGCUAUGAAAGCUACAUCGAGGACGGUCUCAUCUGCCUCAAACACAAAGUCCGCAACAUGGAGAAAAGGAAGCUGAAGUUGGAAGACUACAAGAAGAGGUUGAUGCGUGGCGAUGCACUCAACAAGGAUCAGUUGGUGGCUGUGGAGAAGUACGACGAGCUGCUGCAUAAUCUGGCUUUUGCACGUGAGCUGCACAAAGCCCUGGACAGCUUGACACUGAAUCUUCUCGGGGCCCAGAAGAAGGCAGUGAAGAAGGAGCAGCUGGCAAAGGUGGAGGUGGACAGGAAGCGGCUGAGCAAAGUACUCCAGUUUCAGUACCUCCUCAGCAGUCUGCAGCAGGAACACAUCAGGAGGGACCUGCUGACUGGAAGCAACAAGGCGCCCAAGAUUUCAGCCCAGCAGCUACAUAACCUGAGCCAGCUCGCCGCUCUGCUGGGGGUAAAGCGGAACAACAGUCUGAGUUUGGAGGCCCAGAUGGAUCAGGCAGCUCUGGUUUACAUGGACCUGCUGGAGGCUAAAGACGAGCCAGUCGUUGGCUCCACAUUUAAGCUGGUGAAUGAGGAGCUCACCAUGAUGUUGGCCAACAAGUACUUCAGCUGUCUUCCACCUCCAGCCAACAGCAUUCCAGAGGCGCCGCAGAGCUCCGCCGCGCUCAGCACCAUAACAAAGUCCAAUACAAAUGAAGUUCCUAAGGAGUUUUUCAACAGACUGUACCGGACUGUCACGGAGGCUCCACCCAUUCAGAACUGGAAGGAGGAGUUUCGGUUGAUGAAAGAAUGCGAGCCUCCCGAUUACUGGGAUAUGGAGUCUGCAGGUGGACAAGCCUCACCCCAACGUACGGUCCACAAACCUUGGAGAGGGGCAGCCACUUUAAUCCCCAAAGUGUCGGUUGCCACCAAGAAGCCUGUGAGCAGUAGACUGAGAAAAGAGAGGAAGUCAAAGGACAAUAGUCUGAAAUUGGCCCUGGACUUGGACAUACCUGUGGAGGUCUUCAGCUCUCCGCUGGCUUUGCCCAAAGACCCAGUCCUCAGGAAGCAGCACCUUGAGGACCUGAUGGCAAAGAUCCAUGGCUCCUUCACGUUCAUGCAGGAUUCUCUUCUGGAUGGUGAGAGUUCCCCCCAAAGUAACCAUGCUGUGCGGAACAGACGGGCGUCUGGACCUCCCUCUCCUCUGGCUCAGACUGAAGUCAAACACCCGCUGGACAUCCCUCCCAAAGUGAUGCACUCCACCCCUCUGCCUGCACGGCAUUCUGAGCACAGGGCCAGUCUGACCAAUGGGGAUCUGUCCAUGGAGACCUCUGACCUUCCAGCCAAGCACCUGGUAACCAGCACUAACGUUUUGUCUCUGCAGGAGCUGCUGCAGUUCCCUUCACCGCCGCUGUACCGCAGGGGCGAGUCUGUGUCCCACAUGGACAAGGUUGUUUGUAUGACACAGGUCAGUGAUCCAGGGAAGCAGUCUCCGUAUACCAGGGCGGCAGUGUCCACCCCUCCUCCAGGACAGAGUUUUUCGGCACCCCCGAGCCGGCGAACGAUCACCUCUGCACCGCUCAAGAACACACAGUCAAAUGGAGAGCUGAAACAGGAGCCUGGGUCCAGGUACAGCACUGCCAGUACCCAAACACCGUCCGAGUUCGAGGCCUCGGACGACGAGCAGCAGCCAGUGUACCACGACCAUAUGGUUGGUAACGGACAGGUGUUCUUGUCGCCUGGUCGGUCUGGACCCGUGGCUCGCUCUGGCCAGCCGUACUACACCAGAGCAUGUGUGAGAGGUAUGGCACGUGGUGGAAAGGGACUGGCUCGAGCCUAUCGCUCUCCUGGGUGGCACAGAGGAGGAACCUUCAUCCCUCAGACUCACCCCAGAGACUCUGGCCCGCUUCACUAUCCAUCCAGAGAUCUGGGAUUCCAGCACAGCUACAGACAUGGAGGGAGGCAGAACUCGAGCUUAGCCUGGAGUGACUCGUCACAGGUGAGCAGCCCAGACCGGGAGGGAACCUACACCAUGGUGGAUUCUGGUCACGGGGAUUCGCUGUCCGUGUCCCCUGUGGAAGUGCCACUGACGCCCCACGGCCACCAGCACGCUGCCCUGAUGCCCGUGCAGCUCUACCCUCUGUCCCAGCCGCUGCGCGUGGCCUUCACUGCCUCCCGUACAGCCAAUUUCGCCCCGGGUAACCUGGACCAGCCCAUCGUCUUUGACCAGCUGCACACCAACCUAGGCGAAAUGUACGACACCCACAUCGGGCGCUUCACCUGCCCGGUAAAUGGAACCUACGUCUUCUUCUUCCAUAUCCUGAAGCUUGCAAUAAACGUACCAUUGUACAUCAACCUGAUGCGCAACGAGGAUGUUAUGGUGUCCGCGUACGCCAACGACGGCGCCCCAGAUCACGAAACGGCCAGCAACCACGCCAUCCUGCCUCUGUUCCAAGGAGACCAGGUGUGGCUGCGGUUGCAUCGCGGUGCCAUCUAUGGCAGCACUUGGAAGUACAGCACCUUCUCUGGGUUCCUGCUGUACCCAGACUGAGGGGCCCACAGAGCAGCCAUCUCCUCCCGAUGGACCGAC